GCCUGGGAGGGGAGGGUCCAUCCAGCAGCAGCACGACUCCCCAUCCAUGGGGGUUGUCAGCGUGCACGCCGAGCCCUGCCGGCUCGGGAGGGGUGUUGGGAGGGCAGGCAAGGCCUGUGCAUAGUCAUUUGGGGUGGGAGCUGGGGGAGCAUCCCCUCAGGAGAGGCUGCCAGGAUGCGGGCAUCGCCCUGAUCCCCGCACCGUCUGCGGGCUCUUCCCCAGCGCAGCGUGACCUCAGUCCCAAAUGGACGGGGCCGGAGGGGGCGGUGGCGAGCGGGAGCUAGUUAAUAGACGACCAAGAUCAACACCGGGCGUUAUCAGCGCUGUCCCGGGGCAGGCGGCUCAGUUGUGUUUCCUCGGCACCCGCAGACAUGAAGGGGGUGCUGGCUCUGGUGCUGAGCCUGGCGGCGCUGGCGGCGGCCAGCCGGUCCGCGCUGCAGGAGCAGGCGGUGGAGCUGGCGCUGGCCGAUUUCCACAGCCGCGGCCACAUCCAUUGGCUCUUCAAGGAGAAGUCGGUGGAAGGGGUGGUUGAGAGCGUGCAGUCAACGGGGACCUUCAUCCGUCUGCACCUCAACCUGGUACCCACGACCUGCAGGAAGCAGCAGGAGAGGAAGCACCACUGCAGCGUUAGACCCAACGGGAGGAAGCGCAACUGCCUGUUCUGCGUCAAGUUUGGCAGCACCAGCCCCUCGGAGGUGCUGGACAAGUACAUGCACUGCAGCGUGGAGCCGCUGGCCAAGGUGCUGUCGCCCAAGGACGAGCAGGAGUGCCAAGGGGUGGAACAGGCCGGUGAGGUGGUCUACCUCCCUGGCAGGUUCGCCUUCCUCAGCCAGCCGGACUAGCACGCUGGGACAGCACCCAUGGGGCCAGGGAGCCCCCAGCCCCCGCCAGCCAAGGAAGGAGGCUGCCAUCCAGCAGAGAUCAGGAGACUACCCCAGACCUCCCCCUGCAACGUGGGCAGCAAAGGAGCAUCCCAGCCCGCUGCUUUCCCCACUGGUCAGUGUGUCCCCAAUAAAGCCACAGCCACA